UGCUCCUCUGACCUACUCCAUCCUUAACCCAACACCAGAACCAUGAGCUGCUGUGGCUGUUCUGGAGGCUGUGGCUCCAGCUGUGGGGGCUGUGGCUCCUGUGGCUCCUGCUGCUGCAAGCCUGUGUGCUGCUGCAAGCCUGUGUGCUGCUGUGUGCCCACCUGCUCCUGCUCCAGCUGUGGGGGCUGCAAAGGAGGCUGUGGCUCCUGUGGGGGCUGCAAGGGAGGCUGUGGCUCCUGUGGGGGCUGCAAGGGAGGCUGUGGCUCCUGUGGCUCCUGUGGGGGCUGUAAGGGAGGCUGUGGCUCCUGUGGCUCCUGUGGGGGCUGUAAGGGAGGCUGUGGCUCCUGUGGCUCCUGUGGGGGCUGCAAGGGAGGCUGUGGCUCCUGUGGCUCCUGUGGGGGCUGUAAGGGAGGCUGUGGCUCCUGUGGCUCCUGUGGGGGCUGUAAGGGAGGCUGUGGCUCCUGUGGGAGCUGCAAGGGAGGCUGUGGCUCCUGUGGGGGCUGCAAAGGAGGCUGUGGCUCCUGUGGGGGCUGCAAGGGAGGCUGUGGCUCCUGUGGGGGCUGUGGCUCCUGUGGGGGCUGCAAGGGAGGCUGUGGCUCCUGUGGGGGCUGUUGUCACUGUGGGGGCUGUGGCUCCUGUGGAUCCUGCUGCUGCAAGCCUGUGUGCUGCUGUGUGCCCACCUGCUCCUGCUCCAGCUGUGGGGGCUGCAAGGGAGGCUGUGGCUCCUGUGGAGGCUGCAAGGGAGGCUGUGGCUCCUGUGGGGGCUGCAAGGGAGGCUGUGGCUCCUGUGGGGGCUGCAAAGGAGGCUGUGGCUCCUGUGGGGGCUGCUGCCAGUCCAGCUGCUGUAAGCCCUGCUGCUGCCAGUCCAGCUGCUGCUCCAAGUCUCUGAUCUCCUUGGCAUCUGGCCUCACCUGA